GGCCGGGCCGGGCCGGCAGCCAAUGUGCUGGGGCGGGGGGAGGGGCGGGGGCGUCUCCGACGUCAGGGCCGAGCUCGGCCGAGCCGGGCCGCUGGGGCGAGGAUGCUGCACUGGGGACCGGCGGCCGCGCUCUCCGCCUCGGGCUGCAGCGAUCGCGGGAGGUUUUAGCCCUUCGCCUGUGCCCGCGGCCGGCCCUUCCGCCCCAGCUCCCUCCAGACCUGCUCAACCCUUCCGCCGCCUUUCCCCCCACCUGCCCCCGGCGGGCAGCCCGCGGAGCCCUUCUGCUGGGGGGGAGCGGAGGGUCCUUUGCGCCCUUCCCCGCCGCCUCCAUCCCUCUCUUCCUGCCUCCUUUGUGUUUGUUCCUCCCCAAGCCCCCGCCGCCCGCCUUGCACCCCCCUUCCUUCCCGUGGGGGCUGGGGGCGAGAGGGAAGCGGUGGGGGGGGGCUCGUAUCACCCCCCUGAGCCCGGCUGCUCGAGCUGCCCUCCUUUGUCAAUUGCAUCUGGAGGCUCCUCUCCCCCCCGGGCACCCCCCUGUGCACCCCCCUCAGUCCCCCACCCGUGCCCCCCAUUCCCCCCUCCUGAACCCCCCUCUUCCCGCCUCCUGAACCCCCCUCUGCCCCCCACUCCGUGCACCCCUCUGCCCCCCACUCCGAGCACCCCUAGGCUCUGCCCCCACCCCGUGCACCCCUCUGUCCCUACCCCAGUGCACCCCUUUGCCCCCCAUCCCGUGCAUCCCUCCUCCCCCUCCCUUCUCUACUCCCCCUCCCCCCCCCGCGCCCGUGCAUCCUCCCUCUUCCUCCUCCUCCUCCUGGCGAGGCGGCCGGAUCCCGAGCAGGGGGUGGGAGAUUCGCCCUGAGGAUGAAGAUGAUGGCAGGCGGCUCCGUGCACCAGAACGGCAUCUUCUCGGCGUCCCACCAGCAGCCCCAGCAGCCGCCGCCCCCCCACAUGGAAUCGGACCCCCCCGACUCCAGGAAGAGGCCCCUGGAGACCCCCACCGAGGCCAUCAGCACCAAGCGCAGCAACACAGGAGAAGAGGGCGAAUAUUUCCUCAAGGUCCUGAUCCCCAGCUAUGCGGCCGGCUCCAUCAUCGGGAAAGGGGGACAGACCAUUGUCCAGCUGCAGAAAGAGACGGGCGCCACCAUCAAGCUCUCCAAGUCUAAGGACUUCUACCCAGGCACCACAGAGCGGGUGUGCCUCGUGCAGGGCACAGCCGAGGCCCUCAACGCCGUCCACAACUUCAUCGCCGAGAAGGUGCGCGAGAUCCCCCAGUCCGUGGUGAAGCCGGAGUCCGUCAACAUCCUGCAGCCGCAGACCACCAUGAACCCAGACCGCGCCAAGCAGGCCAAGCUGAUCGUCCCCAACAGCACGGCUGGGCUGAUCAUCGGCAAAGGGGGUGCCACGGUGAAGGCCAUCAUGGAGCAGUCGGGGGCCUGGGUGCAGCUGAGCCAGAAGCCGGAGGGCAUCAACCUGCAGGAGCGGGUGGUGACGGUCAGCGGGGAGCCCGAGCAGAUCCGCAAGGCGGUGGACAUCAUUGUGCAGAAAAUCCAGGAGGACCCGCAGAGCAGCAGCUGCCUCAACAUCAGCUACGCCAACAUCACCGGCCCCGUGGCCAACUCCAACCCCACCGGCUCGCCCUACGCCAACUCCACGGACGUGCUGCCAGCUGCCGCCGCCGCUGCCACCGCCUCGGGCCUGCUGGGACACACCAGCCUGGCCAGCGUCGGGGCCUUCCCAGCGGCCCUGCCGGGCUUCUCCGGCAGCGACCUGCUGGCCAUCAGCACGGCCCUCAACACCUUGGCCAGUUACGGAUACAACACCAACUCACUGGGGCUGGGGCUCAAUUCUGCUGCUGCCUCCGGCGUGCUGGCCGCCGUGGCGGCUGGGGCCAAUCCCGCCGCGGCCGCAGCCGCCAACCUCCUGGCCUCCUACGCCAGUGACGCCUCCGCCAGCACCAGCACGCCAGCCGGUGCUGUGGGGGCCUUCACCCUGGGCUCCCUGGCGGCCGCCACCGGGGCGGCCAACGGCUACCUGGGCACGGCUUCGCCGCUGGUGGCCAGCUCCUUCCUGGCCACGGAGAAGCUGGUGGAGAGUGCCAAGGAUAUGGUGGAGAUCGCGGUGCCAGAGAAUCUGGUGGGGGCCAUCUUGGGCAAAGGGGGCAAGACGCUGGUGGAGUAUCAGGAGCUGACGGGCGCCCGGAUCCAGAUCUCCAAAAAGGGAGAGUUUAUCCCAGGCACCAGGAACCGUAAAGUCACCAUCACCGGCACGCCGGCAGCCACGCAGGCCGCCCAGUACCUCAUCAGCCAGCGAGUGACGUACGAGCAGGGGGUGCGAGCCACCAACCCGCAGAAAGUAGGGUAGGGCCGGAGGGAGCCACGAAAGGGAGAAAUCCAUUUUAAAUUUCAAACAAACAAACCAACAGGCCCCCCCUCCCCCACCCUGCCCAUCCCCCGCACGCCCCCAGACAUGCAUCCCCUCCAAUAGGGAGGGGUCCCCCCCCAAUCUAAUGACCAGCUCCGAUCCAGACGCGAUCUCCGGAUCGGCCCGCGGACCUUGCCGUGCGUUCUGUCUGAUAUGUAUAUAUUGCACUUCUUUUUUUUUAAUAGAAAAAGAAAAUGGGUCAAAUUUUCUCUUUAUUUCCUUUCUUUACAAAUUUUCUUUCUGCCUCCCCUUCCCCCCCAGCCAGACCCCCCCCCACCCCCUGCUCUCUCUAUUCAGGGAGCAGAUCGCACUUUGGGGAGUGGAUCCCUUUAAGACUGGGGGGAAUUGGAUUUUGAUCCAUAACUGGGGGAGGGGUGAUUGGAGCCGAUCUGGACCCGUGUUGAGACGAGGGGGGGUGGGGAACGGGGUCUUGGCAUGAGCCACAGCUGCCGUAAAUCCCCCACAUACCCCCUCUGUUAGCUGGGUCUUAUUGAACUUAAGCUGCAACGCGGCGUUUCACUGAUGCGUUUUAUUUUCUGCAUGUAGAUAGUCAAAUUGUGUUGAACUCGGGGCGGGAGCGGGGGGGUUAAGUUAGGACUGGGGGUGGUUUUUGUGGGUUGGGGGGGUAGUUAUUCAUAUCUUCAGCAAAAGUGGGGGGACGCACUCCCCCUCUUCCUCCAGAAAGGAAGCAACAUAUCUCUAGGGCGUAACUGGAAAGGUGGUUGGGCUGUGCCCGUGGGGAGUGGGGUGGGAGUCUGUCCACGGAGUAGCCACAGGGCUGGGUUUUGUCGUCUCGCUCGGCAGCGUCUGCCAGACUGCGUGAUUGGAGGGUGGGGAGAUAAGGAGCAGAACAUGAAGCUGUGACAACAUGCAUGGUAGUAUGUGAUGUAAUGUGGCGUAGGGGGCUACUUCCUGUGAUGUCAUAGGCUACUUCCUGUGGCACCACAAGUGUCUACCAGUGAUGUAGUAUGCUACUUCUUGUGGUGUAGGAGGCUACUUCUUGUGAUGUCAUAGGCUACUUCUUGUGACAUCACAAGUGUCUACCAGUGAUGUGGUAUGCUACUUCUUGUGGUGUAGGAGGCUAUUUCCUGUGAUGUGAUAGGCUAUUUCUUGUGACAUCACCAGUGAUGUAGUAUGUUACUUCCUGUGAUGUACGAGGCUACUUGCUGUGGUAUAAACACCUGCCUGGGACACGUCAGGCUGCUUCCUGUGAUGUCAUAGCCUGCUUCCUGUGACAGACAGGGCCAAACCGUCCGGGUGGGGUUUUAUUUUCCUUCCGAGGUGUUCUGUAAAUGCUGGUGUCACAUCCAUCUAGGGAGGAAUCUCUCCCCACACAACCCCCGGGAACGCGAGCGGCCGAGCCCGUCCCACUGGAGCAGCGACGGGACAGGGAACCCCGCUAUCGCCGCCGCUCGCACAGGGCCCGGGCGGCUGGCACGGCCAGGAAAGUGAAGCACUAGGCAGCUGCCUCCCCGCAGCUACCACUCAGUAUUAAAGCCUGGCUGGGGCGAUGGCUAUUUUCUCAGCACCGGGGGCGGAUAUUGGCAUCUUCACCAUGGACCUCACGACUGCCCCCCACCAUUGCCCCAGGGAAGGAACACUGCUCCUCUCCCUCUUCCUUAGAACCCCCGCCUCCCCCAGGAUCUCCUUGAUGCCUCAAGCAGUAUUAUCACCUUGAGCCGGCCAAGGGCUCCUCCUGCUGCCAGCGCAGCCUGUGGGCAGCGUGGAAAGGACCUUGCUUCACAUAUCAGUGACUCAGGGCAGUCCGUGAGAGCCGGAUGCCCAAUAGCCCUGGGCAAGUGCCGGGGUAUCCAUUAGCCCCUGGGCUAGCACUGGGGUCAGGCCCAGAAGCCCCUGGGCUAGUGCCAGGGUAUCCGGUAGCCAUUCUGUGAUCAAAUCAGUGGGGCCAUUCUCCGCACUCUGUUUACAGCUGACCUCUUUUUGAUGCACCGCUUUUGCCAGGGCCCUCCAGGGCUUCUGGAAACAGGGCUGUUUUCCUUUAGACCUGCUCCCACCCCUGUCUGUACUGGCUUGUUGUUGUAGGGUGGCCGGGGGUGCGUCGCUGCAGGCUGGCUUGUUAUUGUAGGAUCCUUCUGAAGCUUUUGGCUGAACAGGCUGGUUUGUUAAUUGUAAUGUUGCUCCUGUGUGUCAGGCUUCUUACAUUGGUGUGUUAUUGUAGGGUUGCUCAGAAGCCCUGGGUUAUAUACACUGGCUUGUUAUAGUAGGGUCAUUCAGGAGCCCUGGGUUAUAUACACCAGGUUAUUAUUGUAGGGUUGCUCAGAAGCCCUGGGUUAUAUACACUGGCUUGUUAUAGUAGGGUCAUUCAGGAGCCCUGGGUUAUAUACACCAGGUUAUUAUUGUAGGGUUGCUCAGAAGCCCUGGGUUAUAUACACUGGCUUGUUAUUGUGGGGUUGCUCAGAAGCCCUGGGCUGAACAUGCUGGUUUGUUUCUGGAGGGUUGUUUGUGAGCCCGGGGCCGGUUUGGUAUCAGGGCGGGGUGGGGGGGACGGGGACAUUGGACAUUGGAAGAGUCAGGAAUGAAAUAAGCAUAUUACCAGUGGGCAGGUGGGGAUGGUGAGCGGCUCUGCGCCAGUGCUGUGCUCGGAGAGACCCCCCUCAGAGCCGGGACACUGUGCCCGGGGGGAUGGGCCGUCCACUUAAGUGCUUCAUAGGUCCAAAUGCAAUCACAGCCCCUAGAAGACCCCUUCCCCUGUCUGAUCCCCACAGGAACCCUAUUGCCUCCCCCGCCCUAGGGACCCCCCUCCCCAUCUGACCCCGUAACCCACCCCAACCCCAGUUAGCAUCGGCACUUAUCCCAUUAUCCUCCCCACCUGACACUGGCACUUACCCCGUAAGGCCCCCAGCCAGGAGCCCAAAGGAGCCCCCUCCCCAUGUGACACCGGCCGUUCACCCCUGACCCCAGUGGCGAUCUGUGGAUUUGUGCAAUAUUUUACCCUGAGAAGGAAAAUCUCUUCCUGACCCCCAGCUGGCCUUCAGCCCUGGCACAGGCGGAUUUGCUUUGCAUGGCACUUGGCAGGCUCCAGAGCUCACCUUAGGGCAGCCGUGUCCACGUUGCUGCAGCAGGUAGACAGUCAGACAGGAAUUGGGGACAGACUCAGGGGAAGGGGCUAGCGGUGGGUCUGGGAUUUGGGGGGCGGAAGGGCCCCUCCAUGUUAGCUAGCAGAGAUCAAUCAUUUUCCAUUCGUUAGCCGAGGGCUGAGGGAGGGGGGUUUGUAACCUUUUAAACUAGGGAACAAAACAAAUGUGAAAAUAUUUACUACUAAAAAGGAAGCAAUAUUUAAGUAGCAUCUUGCACUGAAUCUCGGAGGUGAGAUGAGAGGCAGAGAGGCAGGGCCGGGAGACUCGGCCCUUUUACAUGGGUCGGGCCAGAUCCUGCGCUGGAGUAAAUAGGCCUUGCUCCGCCCAUGUUGGGAGCUCUGCCCAUUCCUGCCAGCUGUGGGAGUGGCCCGACUGGUUCUGGGAUUUUUUGUGUCGAACAAAACGUGCUGCUGUAGCCUAUGGUAGGGGUGUUGCAUAUCAAACUUUGCAAAGGGAGGCGGGAGGAGGGGUAGGGAGGUGUUUUUUGUGCCAAAAUAUUUGUCUGUCUUUUUCGAUACAUGCCUGCAUAGCGGGUGUGACCCGACGUGCCUGGGGCAGCCCUCUGUGACCUGGCGUGCCUGGGGCAGCCCUCACUGGAAAUGCCAAGGUCAGGGCAGGCUGCAAAAGGGCACACCGGGUCACAGAGGGAUUACCUGAUUUAACCCCAAAACUACUCUGAUGGCCCAAGGCUAUGCUGGAAAACCUACCCCAUUGCUGGGUAAUACUGGGGUGUGUUUAACAUGGCAUCCUCAUUAAAAAUACUACAGCCAUAUCCGAAAACACCACAGUAACGCUAUGAUAACCUGAAAUGUUUUCAUAAAGAUACCCGAAUAAAAGUAAUAUCCUGAAACACUACAGUGAUACCCCAAAGUACUCGAGUAUGAUAAGUCAGGGUAUGUUUUCAUAAAUAUACCCUUUUAAAAGUACCACAGCAAUAUCCUAUAAUACUACAACACUCCAAGAUAUUUCAGUAACACUAGGAUAACCUGGAGUGUUUUCCUACAGGCACCUGUACAAAAAUGCUACAGUAUUGGCUAAAAUACUUCAGUAGCAUUAACUUGAGCUGUCGAGCUUUCAGUCGCUGUUGUAGCAGGAUAUAAGGAUACACUUGUAAAGUGAAAUGUUCCAGCAUUCUUCAAUACUAUCCCAAAUCCUGUAAUAAAUAGAAUCAGUCACAGUUGGUUAGAACCAAAAAUGGGAGUUAUUUUUAAGUUCUUAACACAAAACCAUUUUGGUUUUCUUGACAUAUCUAAUUUUGGGGGGAAUUUUUCUAAAGAUACUUUUCACGAACUCUCCCCCGCCGCCCUCAUUUUGGCUUGCCAUUGUUUUCAUCCAGCCACUUUGGGUGGCCGGCUUCCUUGCAAGAUGGAAUAUAUUAGGCAGCAUCAAAAAUGUAUUUUUCCUGAAAUUGCCCAUUUUUAAAAAAAUACCAAAAAUUUGAUGGUGUAGGAGGGUAGCAUCUGGGAGUCCCAGUCAUGGACCAGAUCGGCCUCGUGCCAGGUGCUGUCCAGACACAGAAGGUGGCUGCUGCUAUUAAAAACACUACCCAGGCAAUUAGGAAAAUGAAAAAUCUGUCCGUUUCCAAACAUGACGGGACAAAAAUACUUUCCAAAUCCCAGUGAAAUUUACAUGACAUUUCCCCCCCCCGCUGUCGGAGCUAACCCGAUACGGAGAUGUAGCAUUUGGGGCUAACACUUUACAGUGCCGUGGUGUUUUGGAUGCUUCUUGCAGAACGCUAGGAUACCUGAAUCAAAAACACUCCAGCACCCUCGCCCCAAAUACUGCAGCAAUGGGACUAUGAAGGGGCAUCAUAUUCAGACUAUUACUCUGCGACGCUGGAGUAUUUUGGAUCCUUCCUGUAGAGUGCUAGGAGGCGCUUCUAACAAUACUAUAGCAUUGUUCAUUAACCCGGCAAAAUGCUGCGGGAACAUUACUAUGAAUUGUAGCAUGUUAGAACUAGGACCUUACAGUGCCGUAGUGUCUGGGAUCAUCAGCGGAAUGCUAUAAGUCUACUGUUAUAUACUCCAGUAUGCCCCCCGAAUACGGUCAUAACCCCACUGCACUAGGUAGCUUUUGGGGGCUAUUAAUCAAUGAUACUGCUGUAUUUUGGGGUCAUUCCUGUAGAAUGUUGCAAGAUACCCUUAUAAAAGAUUCCAAUUGUAAAUCAUUACUACAGCACUCACCAGUAAGAUCUCCAAGUGCUGUGGUAACAUUCUUUCAAGGUGCAGCGGGGGUUGUUACUCAAAUACUGGAGUGUUUGCGGCUCAUCAGUAAAGGCAGUGUGGACGAAUGGGUGGAGAAUUGGAGUAGAUAUGGGUUCUGUUCCCAGCUCGGCCUGCUGGGGGACAAUGGGCCCCGCAGCUUCUUGCCUCAGUUUCCCCAUUUGUAUAAUGGGAAUAAAGGUAGCGACCUCUUCUGCAAAGCACUUUGAGCUCUACAGAAGAAACGGGCUAUACAAAAACUAGGUGGUAUUAUUGCUCAAAGCAAACCCUUAGAAAAUACUAGUGUUCACCAGGACUGCCCCAAAAUACUGCAGCAAUCUGUAGCAUCUUGGGGCUAAUAUGGAGUAUUCCAGGCUAGUCCUGAGGGGAUCCGUUCCCUAUGCGGCAUCUAUCUGAAAAAGACCCGACCAAACUUUUUUUGAAGUGCCAAACUUUUUAUUUAUAGAGAACAUGCAGCUAUUAAAAAGGGGGUGGGGGGAGGGGGAAUGAAGUUUUUAGAUGUUCUACAAGAUUUAAAAAAAAAAUUAAAAAAGGGAAAAAAAUAAAAUAGAAAAAGAGACAUAAACGAUAGAUCAUGUUAGCGGAUCUGAACCCUGGGUCCUUUCUUAGUGGCUUUUAAAGAAAAUUUAAUAAAAUAAUAAAAAAAAUAGCAUAAUAAACUAAAAGAGAGAGUCCUUGGGCCAGGUUUUCCAAGGGAUUUAGGCACCUAUCUGCGCCUGCAGGUGCCUAAAUCCCUUGGGCAACCUGGGCCCAGGUCUCUGGGCUAUAGCCUCAGUGACUAGGAAGUGAGACAUCUCCGUCGACAAUGGUUUGCUGGCCCUGUUGUGUCCCGCCUCCCGGGGAUGCCACUGCAGUGUCCUGUAUCCCCCCCGUUCCGCCGCUGCCUUGUGGCACAGGGGGUGGGGUCUGGGGCUGCAUUCUGCGGGCUGCACCUUCAUCCUGGGCUUUGAGCUGCCAGAGGGGAGUCGGGGCCACUCUUAGCUCGUUCUGCGCCAGCGGGUGGCUCAUUGGUACGGGGACCGGGGGAGGGAGGCGGAGGCUGUAAUUUAUGGGUCGGGAGAUGAGCCGGGACCCUUGGAAAUCAACCUGUGGCUGCUGCCAGUGCUGGGUGGGGGCUGCUUGGACGCGGGACGCCACGCAUUGGGCGCUCACCCAGCCCGCUGGCCCCUCUAGCCAAGAUGUGAGCCCCUGGCAGCCCCUGUAGUUUAGGCUUUGUCUAGUCCUGAUGCCUCCGCAUGCAUCAAAGCCAGGGCUGUGGGGGUCCCAAUUCCCCAUUGGCAUGUGGGGAGCUUGGAGAGGCUUUGGGGAGAUCAGUCCCCUGCCCAACUGGUGCAGAAGCCACCUCUUCCUCCCCAGGUCCCUCCCAAGCCGGCCGCUGCCAGGGGAGUGCCAGCCAGGGACUGUGGCUGGGCCUUGCCUGGAUGUGGGUCCCCUCUCCCUUUUCCCACCCUUCCCCCCAUCUAAACAGCAGCGGUUCUUGAAUGUGAUGGUUCCCUCCUGGACCCGCUUCGCCCCCACCCCAUUCCGGCUCCGGGAGCCUUCGCAGUGCCAAAUGGAAGUCGUCUUUCCUCUUCCCCGUCCCGCUCGGAAGGGCAGCAGCGGUGGAGGCAGAGCCAGGCUGUCCCCACUCUCCCCGGCCUCCACCCUCAGCAGAGCGUGGGGGGCGCUCUCGGGGCUGGAGGGUGAAUCUGAUUUGCUGAGCCCUGGCACCCUCCCCUCCCUACCCCUCUUGUAUUUAAAGGCAAUAAAGUCUGAGACUCAAACAGGAGGGGCGGGAGUUGGGGAAGGAGCUGGUGGGAUUUGCUCUGAGCCUGAUCCAGGUCCCCCUGCGCUGGGCGUGAACUCUUUAGGACACGGCAUCUCUCUGGGAGUGUACCACGUGCCCCGGGGGGCAGGAUCUCAGCUGGGAGGGGGGGGACAGACACCCCUGUCUUGUUUCCAUUUGCUCACCAGUACCUGUUCCCUCGCAUUUACCAUGUCACUGUUUGAUCUCCCAGAACGUGAUAUUGACCAGAGCAGAAGGAGGCACCAACACCUCUGUCCCCGACCCCUGUGUUUGUCUCUCGUGCCUCCUUUCUCCAGUGCCAAGCAGCUCCCGAUCAUCCUAACUCCCUUUUAAUUUCUGUCCGGACAUCCAUUCGGAGCACCCCUCCAUACACAUCGAUGAGUUCAGACACACUCGCAACACACAAAUCUCUAUAAAUAUAUAUAGGCCAACUAUAUAUAUCUAUAUAUCAAAAAGCUAAUCAGCGAGGGACUAAAGACACAGUAGCCGGCUACCUCGGGACUGCUUUUCUAAAUCCACACUCAUCUUCUCUGCAUCGAGAACAUUUCUAAGCUGGUUGCUUUUCAGAGACAACCUGUCACCAAACUCUGCCUCAUCUGAACGGGAUUCAUCUCGAAUUUUUGUCGCUGCUGCGGAGAGCCAUCCUGUUUCCAACCACCGUCUCCUGAACUUCUGACCUCCACCCCACCCUCAUCUUGAACUUUUUAACGCCCCACUCCUCCCCACCCCCCUUUUCUGUGUCCAUCAAAUCUGUUUUCUGGACUUUUCCCCCCCCCACAUCUUCCAUGUUAAAAAGACCAACAAAGCAAUUCUAUAUCUGAUAAUUCUCUUUCUAGAGCUAUCGAUAUAGAAAGGAAGCGAAGCAAAGACUGUUGAAUGGCCGCACAUCGGCUAUUAACCUGGACGAUCAGAGAUCAUCUCAUUUUUCCCAGGGAUGAGGGGUGGGGAAUGAUUUUUUUUCCCCCCUUCCCUUUAAUCUCAUUGCUUCAUUGUAAAUACUCAGUUUUGUUCAAUUGUCAGAGGGGGAAACAUUUUGUGUUUGACGUCCAAGAGGAGCUGGUGCAUAAAAAUGUUUGGGCUUGGACGGCGAGUGUAGGGCGAAGCUGUCUCUGAGACAGAGGCUCCCAAGGGAAAGGAAGCUUGGCCUGUGACCCUGAGCGUCAGCCCCACAGUCAUUCCUGCCAUCAAGCCAUUGCAAAUAGACUGACGCCUAUUUACACUGGCGGCCCUGAGCUCAUGUAGGAGGGUCUCUCUGAACAGAUGACAUUCCUUGGCUCCCCGGCGCACCAAUGAGCCAGCUUCUUAGCUGGGGUCAAUCCAGCGGUUCUGCUGAUGCCCAGGUGGCUGUGCUGACAGGCCCCAGCUGAGGAUGAUGUAUUCAUUCUGGGGAAGGCCAGAGGCCCAGGAAGAAUAGCUGCUUUCGUUUCUUCUCAAGGGGACGGGGAAGUGGGGUGAGGCAGGGACGGCAAAACUGGGCAGGCCUUGCUGACGCAUUUCCUGCACUGAAAGUGGGUGGUUUGAGUGGUUUGAGUAGGGGGGAGGGGGCUGGGAGUCAGGACUUCUGGGUUCUGUUCCCAGCUCCGGGAGUUAGGACAGUCUAGGUGCUAGGAGAGUGGGCUCAGGAAGCCAGGUGUCCGGAGAUCUGCUUCCUCUAGGAGGGCAGCGGGAUUUUCAGUGGCUAGAACGGGGGAAGCAGAGAGGAUUUGGUGACUGGGUCACCACCCCAAUAGCCAUUGCAGCGCCCACAAGCCCAACAACGGCCAGAUCUAGAUGCUUAAGUCAAAGUCAAACGCAAGUUAUUUGGCUCCAUAAUGGGGUGAAAGCGAAGGGCCUGAGAUCUAAUGAUCUCUUCUGGCCUUCAACUCCCUGAAUUUUUCUUGGACAGCAAAGCCCGUCCUGAGGAGACAGCUGAUUGCUUCCCCGGCCCCCCAGCAGAAGAAUUCUGGAACUCUCCAAGCCCAGCUCAUUUUAUGCAACAGCCUCUGGUCAUUUUCUCUCCCUCUCCAUUGACUCUCUCUUUAACAACCUAUUUAUUUGAAUCAUUUUUUAUUAUUUUUUUCGGGGCGUGGGUGGGGGGUGGGGGGGGUGGGAUCUGUUAAAGGGAAGGGUCGAGACUAUGUGUCAUUGUUUUAAAGAGCCGAGACCUCCAUUACCAUGGCUAAGUAGCGAAAUCUGAGUGUUCCGGUAGGUUUGUGUGUGUAAAGUUGUGUAUUAACUUGUGCUUAGUGGAGUCAGCAUUUUUAGUGCUUAAUACUAUUAACUCAUUUCUGUCAUGAUAAAUGUUCAUUCAUGGCAUCACUUCCGUCUUCUGUUGUCGUUUUUUCUUUGCAUUUCACAACACUUUUAACC